AUGGGAGGCUUGCCUCCUUGUGGCGACUCGGUCUGGUCGGUCAAAGAUCAUCGACGACAGGCAGUAACCUCGAAGGAAUGGCCAUCGAAACCCGAGAAUGACCCCCAUAUCACUUUCUCACCUGACGAUCCCAUCGGUGUCCACCUACCUCAUAACGACCCUCUACUCGUCGAAGUAGGAAUCGCAAAGUACGACGUCGCCAAAGUCCUGAUCGAUACUGGCAGUUCAGUCGAUCUGAUCUUUCGAGAUACACUCGAUAAGAUGGGAGUCGACCUGUGCGAUAUGAAUCCGUCGUCUCGCUCCCUCACAGGAUUCAACGGGGAUUCCGAAACAAUGAUCGGGACAAUCAAACUCCCAGUCUACGCAUGUGGGGUAACGCGCACAGUCAAGUUCUCCGUCAUCCGAACGAAGUCUUCAUAUAACGCGAUCCUCGGGACCCCUUGGUUGCAUUCGAUAAAGGCAAUAUCAUCGACCUAUCAUCAAUGCGGGAAAUUCCCAGGACCAAACGGUCAGCUGCAAACACUUCGAGGGUACCAGAAGGCCGCACGCGACUUACUGAUUGCAACGGUGAAGAUGCAACAAUCGACUCCUUGCAUCAACGCGAUAUCAAAACAUAUUCAGCCGCAAAAGGACGAGAUUCUAGAAGUCACACUUGACGACUCUGACCAAAGCAAAGUAGUUCGAGUCGGCGCAUUCCUCUCCGAAGAAAUGCAACGCGCGAUCAUCGACUUCCUGAAGCAAAACGCAUCGACCUUCGCUUGGACGACCGCAGACAUGAAGAGAAUAGAUCCCGCGAUAACGUCCCACGAGUUAAAUGUCGAUCUAACCAUCAAGCCCAUUCGCCAGAAAAGACGCAAGCUUGGCCCCGAACGAAGCAAGGCCGUCAACGAGGAAGUAGAACGACUGCUCGCAGCCAGUUCGAUCGCAGAGAUAUGA